AUGGAAAACCCUAUGACUGAGGCUUUAUCUCAAGACCUACCCCAACAAGAGAAAGAGAACCCAACUCUAACUAAGGCACCGCCUAAGAGGAAAAGAGGCAGACCUCCCACAAAGAUACCAGGCAGCAACAACCCCCUAGUCUUACCAGGUGCUAGCUCAAAAAAGAGAAACAUCUGCCAAAUCCAAGGAUCCCAGGAAGGAAAAACUCUACUUAUAAAAAACUCCCUCUACAUGAGGAGAACUCUCCAAGGAACCCAAAAAGCACAAAUGACCAAGGUAGCUCCUUACAACAAUCUGGGAACCUUCCACAAAGGCAUCUGA